CCAAGUACAAUUUAGAGCAACAGGCAUGGAAGGCGCACAGUCGCUAUCUAUAUCUCUAUCUCUUCACCUAAAUUUCUUCUUCGCUUCAAAUCCUCUCAACACCAAGAACCCUCAAUUCUUCAGAAUCAAAGUUUCAACGCAAACCCCAUCAAUCGAAAAGUUUUCAAAGAAAACAUCAUUAGAACCCCACAAAAAACCAUCCCAGAAAGUGCGUAAAUUCCAUGAGAAUGAUGCAUUUCCGUCUUCUUUGCCCCUCCACACAAGGAACCCUCGUGCAAUUUACAAGGAUAUUCAGAGACUCUCUAUGCAAAACAAGCUCAAAGAGGCUCUCACAAUCAUGGACUAUGUGGACCAACAAGGGAUUCCAGUUAAUGCCACCACUUUCUCUUCACUCAUCGCCGCUUGCAUUCGGGCCAAAUCGUUAACCGAAGCUAAGCAGAUUCAUACCCAUAUCAGAAUCAACGGGCUUGAGAACAACGAGUUCUUGCGGACAAAGCUGGUUCAUUUGUACACAUCUUGCGGUUCACUUGAGGACGCGCAGAAGGUGUUCGAUGAAUGCUCCAGUACAUGUGUGUAUCCAUGGAAUGCCUUGAUUAGAGGCACAGUAAUUGCUGGAGGGAGGAGAUAUCGGGAUGUAUUAUCUACUUAUUCGGAAAUGCGGGAACAGGGGGUUGAAUUGAAUGUCUACACAUUCUCAAGUGUCAUCAAGAGCUUUGCAGGUGCACAUGCUUUAAGACAAGGUUUGAAGACUCAUGCUCUUCUGGUCAAGAAUGGUUUUAUGGAUAGUUGCAUUCUUAGGACUAGUUUGAUUGAUAUGUAUUUCAAGUGUGGAAGAAUUAAGCUCGGUUGCCGUAUGUUUGAAGAAAUUGGUGAGAGAGAUAUUGUUGUGUGGGGAGCAAUGAUUGCAGGUUUUGCACAUAAUAGGCGACAAAAUGAAGCAUUGGAUUACAUGCGAAUGAUGAUAGAUGAGGGGAUUUAUCCAAAUUCAGUUAUAGUAACCACCAUACUCCCUGUGAUUGGUGAAGUGUCAGCGCGUAAACUAGGGCAAGAGGUUCACGCAUUUGCGUUGAAGAAAAAACGUUAUUUAGAGCAGUUGCCAGUGAAUUCUGGAUUGAUUGAUAUGUAUUGCAAGUGUGGGGAUAUGGGUUCUGGGAGGCGGGUUUUUUAUGGCUCCAUGGGAAGGAAUGCUGUUUCUUGGACUACUUUGAUGUCAGGUUAUGUCUCGAAUGGGAGGCUUGAACAGGCUCUGAGAUCAAUAGUUUGGAUGCAGCAGGAACGGUUUAGGCCUGAUGUUGUCACAGUAGCAACUGUUGUUCCAGUUUGUGGAGAGUUGAGGACUUUGAAGCAAGGGAAGGAGAUCCACGCUUAUGCUAUGAGAAAUUGGUUCUUGCCAAAUAUUUCUAUAUCUACUUCCCUGAUAAAAAUGUAUUCAAAAUGUGGUCUCUUGGGGUACUCUUGUAGAUUGUUUGAUGGCAUGGAGCAUAGGAACGUUAUCUCUUGGACUGCUAUAAUUGAUUCAUAUGUAGAAAAUGGGCAUUCGAAUGAAGCCAUUGAUGUGUUUAGGUCAAUGCAACUAUCGAAGCACAGGCCAGACUCCGUUACAAUGGCAAGGAUGUUGAGUAUUUGCAGCGAAGUUAAGGCUUUAAAGCUGGGGAAAGAGAUUCAUGGACAUUUAUUGAAGAAACGCUUUGAGGCAAUCCCAUUUGUUUCAGCAGAAGUAGUGAAGAUGUAUGGGAGUUGCGGACUGAUUGACAAGGCAAUGUUGGCGUUUAAUGAGAUUCCCGUUAAGGGUAGCUUGACAUGGACUGCCAUCAUAGAGGCUUAUGGAUAUAAUGAUAUGUUCCAAGAGGCAAUUGAUCUUUUUGAUCAGUUGACAUCAGACGGGUUUAUUCCAAACCAAUUCACUUUUAGUGUGGUUCUAUCAAUCUGUGAUCAAGCUGGAUUUUCGGAAGAAGCUUGUCGAAUAUUCAAUUUGAUGUCUCGAAGAUAUAAUAUAAAGGCGACAGAAGAACAUUACUCAAAAAUCAUCGGGUUGCUCACGCGUUUAAGUCGCAUCGACGAGGCUCAAAGAUUUAUACAAAUGAGUUCUGCCUCACCAUGACAAAGACUAACAUAUUUUCUCGUGUCACAGAAUCUAUCAAUAUCUCCAUGUCUAUUCAGUGAAUGCUCAUUCUAACGAAUGUAUUUUGUUGUAAGUUGAUAUAACAUAGUGAUUUCUAUUAUAUGUCUUGUAAAAUGUAAUUGAGAUUGUAGUGAUUCUCUUGAUGGAAUUGCAAACUAAUUUAACGCUAA